UCUCAGACCACUCCCGGGAAGCGCGCCGUGGUUCCGCCUCACUCGCGGACGGGUUCGGUUCGUCCUCGGUGCGCCUCCACUGCCGCGCGCGUCUGUCCUCCUCUCCGCCUUCCACUCCGGGUUCCAGGUGGAGGCAUGUAGCACCGGAUCGGGUCCCGAGCAGCAUGUAGCACCUGGAGCUCGCGCACAUCGCCUCCCCGCUGCGCUCCUCCUCCUCCCGGUUCUCCGGCUCAUUCCUCCGGUCAGCACCAGCAUCGCCUGCAUCAGGGUUUUAUUGGGGGUGGGUGGGGGGUGUGCGUGUGCGUGUGUCAGCCCGGGCCUGGUCUAGAGGAGUGUGCGUUCCUCCCGCUGCACCCCCGGUCGAUGGUUGUUGAGGAAGCUUCCAUCUUGAGUCCCGUUUCUACCAACAGAACCAUGGCGAGCGACUCCCCUGCGCGGAGUCUGGAUGAGAUAGACCUGUCUGCACUACGGGACCCAGCUGGGAUCUUUGAGCUGGUCGAACUGGUUGGAAAUGGCACCUAUGGGCAGGUGUACAAGGGUCGACAUGUCAAGACGGGUCAGCUGGCUGCCAUCAAGGUCAUGGAUGUCACCGGAGAUGAGGAGGAGGAGAUUAAAGCUGAGAUCAACAUGUUGAAGAAGUACAGCCAUCACAGGAACAUUGCCACCUACUACGGGGCCUUCAUCAAGAAGAACCCGCCUGGCAUGGACGACCAGCUCUGGCUGGUGAUGGAGUUCUGCGGAGCCGGAUCAGUGACGGAUCUGAUCAAAAACACCAAAGGGAACUCUCUGAAGGAGGAGUGGAUUGCCUACAUCUGCAGGGAGAUCCUCAGGGGUCUGACCCACCUCCACCAGCACAAAGUGAUCCACAGAGACAUCAAAGGUCAGAACGUUCUGCUGACGGAGAAUGCAGAAGUGAAACUGGUGGACUUCGGCGUGAGCGCCCAGCUGGACCGCACCGUGGGGCGGAGGAACACCUUCAUCGGAACGCCGUACUGGAUGGCUCCUGAGGUCAUCGCAUGUGACGAGAACCCAGAUGCCACGUAUGACUUUAAGAGUGAUCUGUGGUCGCUCGGCAUCACCGCCGUUGAGAUGGCAGAGGGAGCUCCACCCCUGUGUGACAUGCAUCCAAUGAGAGCGCUCUUCCUCAUUCCCAGGAAUCCCGCCCCGAGACUCAAAUCCAAGAAGUGGUCGAAGAAGUUCCAGUCGUUCAUCGAGAGCUGCCUGGUGAAGAGCCACAGCCAGAGGCCCAGCACCGAGCAGCUCCUCAAGCAUCCCUUCAUCAGAGACCUUCCCAACGAGCGGCAGGUCCGAAUCCAGCUGAAGGACCACAUCGACCGCACCAAGAAGAGGAGGGGAGAGAGAGAUGAGACGGAAUACGAGUACAGCGGGAGCGAGGAGGAGGAUGAGGAGAGGGACAUCGGAGAGCCCAGCUCCAUCAUCAACAUUCCUGGAGAGUCCACUCUGAGGCGGGACUUCCUGCGCCUCCAGCUGGCCAAUAAGGAGCGUUCAGAGCUGAUCCGGCGCCAGCAGCUGGAGCAGCAGCAGAACGAGGAGCACAAGCGCCAACUACUGGCCGAGAGGCAGAAACGAAUAGAGGAGCAGAAGGAGCAGCGGCGGCGACUGGAGGAGCAACAGAGACGAGACCGAGAGCUGAGGAAGCAGCAGGAGCGGGAGAGGAGGAGGUACGAGGAGAUCGAGCAGCUCCGCAGGGAGGAGGAGAGGAGGCAUGCUGAGAGAGAGCAGGAGUAUAUCCGUAGACAGCUGGAGGAGGAGCAGAGGCAGCUGGAGAUCCUGCAGCAGCAGCUCCUGCAGGAGCAGGCCUUACUGCUGGAAUACAAGAGGAAGCAGAUCGAGGAGCAGCGGCAGGCGGAGCGUCUGCAGAGGCAGCUGCAGCAGGAGCGUGCGUACCUGGUGUCGCUGCAGCAGCAGCAGCAGGAGGCGCCGCGGCCGGUGCCGCCGCAGGACAAGAAGCAGCUGUACCACUACAAGGACCAGGCGCCGAGCAGCAACGACAAGCCCACCUGGGCUAAAGAGGUGAUGCGUCGCGCUCAGAGUAACUCGCCCCGCAUCCCCACUAAGAAGUACCACUCCUUCAUGGAGACGCGGGACGUGAACCUGGACCAGCUCCUUCUGCUCCCCGGAUACAAACCGCCCCGCCCCCCCUCCUACCCCGCCCACGACAGUCCCAACAGGGACAACCUCCACGUUCCCCAAAUCCGCAUCACCUGCAUCCCAGAACCCAGCUGCUCGGAGCCGGUGAUGAGGAGGCAGAGUCCAGGCAGCAGCCCCGACAGAGGGGUCGACUCCAGGGGUCGGAGUUCAGCCCGCCGGGUGGAGGAACAGUUUCAGGUGAACAGACAGACUUCUCCUGCGUUACAGCAUAAAGUCUCCAACCGGAUCUCCGACCCAUCUCUGCCGCCCCGAUCCGAGUCCUUCAGCAGCGGAGGAAUCCAGCAGGCCCGGACUCCGCCCAUGCACCGCUCUGUGGAGCCUCAGAUGGCCCACCUGGUACAGGUGAAGAGUCACGGUCUGUCAGGCUCCCAGUCCCUGUACGACCCCCACGGGGUGUCCUCCACCUCGGCGUCGCCCUCCCCAUCCCGGCCUCCCAUGCCUCGGCAGAACUCCGACCCCACCUCCGACACCCCUCCUCCCCCAUCCCUGUCCCGCCUGGCACCCCCCCUCGACAAACUCGACCGCAGCUCGUGGCUGCGGCAGGAUGACGACAUGCCGCCAAAGGUUCCUCAGAGGACCACCUCCAUCUCUCCUGCUUUGGUCAGGAAGAACUCACCAGGAAACGGUCCUGGACUUGGCCCUCGGGCCGGAGCUCACCUCAUCCGGGCCAGCAACCCCGACCUGAGGAGGACUGAUAUCUCCAUGGAUACUCCUCUCAAGAGGACAAGCAGUGGCAGCUCAUCCAGCUCCAGCACCCCCAGUUCCCAGGGAGGCUCCAACGAGAGAGGUAAUUCUGCUCCUAAAACCGAGAGCUCAACGCUUUCCUCCCACGACACCAAAGAUGACAGCAGGGAGCUGACGCGACCCAGCAGGCCUGCAGACCUGACGGCUCUGGCUAAAGAGCUGAGAGAGCUGCGACAAGGAGAGGAGACCAGCCGCCCCCCCGUCAAAGUCACCGACUACUCUUCAUCCAGCGAGGAGUCCCACAGCAGCGAGGAUGAGGAGGGAGAGGGCGGGGCUAACGAUGGGACGGUGGCCGUCAGCGACAUACCCAGAAUCAUGCCUCCGGCAAGUCAGAGCAGCAACGAGUCCUUCAGCGUGAUGGGCGGCCACAACGACUCCCACGGGGACUCGUAUGGAGACAACUCCCAGGACAGCACCCUCAUGAUGCGGGAGAGGCGUAAGGGACGAAGGCGGAGCUCUGCUGCCAGCAACAGUUUUCUUGGCAGCGCUAAUCUCCCAGAUUUGGUACAGCAAAGCCCGUCCCCUCUGGUCUCCCCCGGCGACACCUGUGGGGCCCAAUUCGGGAUGGGAGGCAGCGGCGGCUCUAAAGCCUCCUUCACACCGUUCGUGGAUCCGAGGGUCUACGGGACCUCGCCGACUGAUGACGAUGAUAAGACCUCUGCUGCAGCUUUGUUUGCUGAUGAGCUGCUGAAACAGGAGCAGGAGCAGGCCAGACUCAACGAGGCCAGAAAGAUCUCUGUGGUCAACGUCAACCCGACCAACAUCAGGCCGCACAGCGACACGCCCGAGAUCCGCAAAUACAAGAAACGCUUCAACUCUGAGAUCCUGUGUGCCGCUCUGUGGGGAGUCAACCUGCUGGUGGGGACGGAGAACGGCCUGAUGCUGCUGGACCGGAGCGGACAAGGAAAAGUCUACAACCUGAUCAACCGGAGACGCUUCCAGCAGAUGGAUGUCCUGGAGGGACUCAACGUCCUGGUCACCAUCUCAGGGAAGAAGAACAAGCUGCGUGUUUACUACCUGUCCUGGCUGAGGAACAGAAUAUUACACAACGACCCAGAAGUGGAGAAGAAACAGGGCUGGAUCACAGUGGGAGACCUGGAAGGCUGCGUUCACUACAAAGUCGUGAAAUAUGAGAGGAUUAAGUUCCUGGUGAUCGCUCUGAAGAACUCAGUGGAAAUCUACGCCUGGGCACCAAAACCUUACCACAAGUUUAUGGCCUUUAAGUCUUUUACAGAUCUGCAGCAUCGCCCCCUGCUGGUCGACUUGACGGUGGAGGAAGGUCAGAGGUUAAAGGUCAUCUACGGCUCCAGCGUUGGUUUCCAUGUCGUUGAUGUGGACUCUGGAAACACGUAUGACAUCUACAUCCCCUCACAUAUCCAGGGUCAGGUGACCCCACACGCCAUCGUGGUUCUGCCCAAGACGGACGGCAUGGAGAUGCUGCUGUGCUACGAGGAUGAGGGCGUCUACGUCAACACCUAUGGACGCAUCACCAAAGACGUGGUGCUGCAGUGGGGCGAGAUGCCCACCUCCGUCGCCUACAUCCACUCCAACCAGAUCAUGGGCUGGGGGGAGAAGGCCAUCGAGAUCCGCUCCGUGGAGACGGGACACCUCGAUGGAGUCUUCAUGCACAAGCGAGCUCAGCGGCUGAAGUUCCUGACGGAGAGGAACGACAAGGUUUUCUUUGCCUCGGUCCGCUCUGGAGGCAGCAGUCAGGUCUUCUUCAUGACCCUCAACAGAAGCUCCAUGAUGAACUGGUAACCUGACACCUCCUUCGACCUGCGACCCUCCUCUUCGUCUUCACCCUCGGCCUCUGACAGGAGGGAGGGACGACCGGAGGACAAUCUUUGUGUGUGUUUAUGUUUGUGUGUACUUGUGGAUGACUACAACAAGCUGCUGACUGGACUGAGCACCUGGGGGAGGAGUUGGACCCUGCAGGGGAUGCUGCCGGUCCUGUGGUCGCUCUCCCCACCUGCGGAGCGCCUGACCGCGCCUGGAGGACUGCUGGACUCGACCCGGAGCCUUUGAGGAGCUGCCGAGAAGCCUUUCAGCUCCCUGUGGGACGCGGUGGGGACGGUCUUUGUGUAGCACAUGAGUGACGUUCGCGCGGGGUGUUCACACUGCGAGUCUGUAGGUGUUUGGUGUGGGUGCAGAUGUUCCAGCUGCAGCCAGUCCCCCACUGUUGUAGUGAGUAAGAAACGUAGCAUUAGACAGAAAACACACUCCAGGUUGAGUCUCACUAUAGGUGCACAAGUUUUUACGUUUACAAUCAUCUCACAGAAUCGAGGUUUUAUGGUUCUGGUUUCAUUAGGAUGCGUCUGAACGCUCGAGAGAACAAACCCUGCUGAACGCCAAAUCCCUCUUUUAGUUUCAGUUUGAGUCACAUCAGCUGGAGGUUGGUCGGGUUUGAGCUGCUCCUGAUGAAAAGUGACAAUCCAGAGGGAAACCUUCCGUCCAGAACCGGGUUCUGGUGUCCGAGCCGCUCCAGGUCAUGAGGACCGACAGCACGAUGUUCACGUUUGAAUCAAAACUACUGAAGAAAUAAAUGUGAAACUCUAAAAUGACUCCAUCAAGCUGCUGCUGAGAGCUGGCUGUGGCUCCUCGAGUCGCUCCUGCUGCACAUUCACCCGCUCUUCUCUAAAAGCACCAAAACCACAACCUAGUCCCGUUUCAGGAGAUGAAAGGGAUGCGUCUGGUUGAAGCAAAGCCGAGUCAGAUCACCAUCAACACAAGGAAAAUAUUUAGAUAUUCUUACUUCUAUCGGAUAUUAAAGCUGAAAUAAAAUGUUUUACGAGUCCGAAUGAUUCAAACUGCUCUAGUUUAUAGUUUUAUGUUUAAAAGCCACUGGAGAAAGAUCUGGUGGCGGACGAGAGCUUCCCACGGGACCGGUUAUUAGUUUUACUUUAUUGGUAAAUCUCCUGCUGCAGCAGCCAAAACCAAAAGGUCAGUUUUUGACCUUCCAGAACCAAGUCACCAUUCUGCGAGUCUCGAGUCUGUCACUUUGAGUCCUGAACCAAUUCUGAGACCAAAUUUAUGAUUUCAGUCCAGAAAAGCUGAUUUAUUUCCACUAAAUAAAGAAAAAAUGAAUGUUGAUGCUGCAAGUCAACAAGUCCAAGUCUCUUCUGGUGUCUCCUAAUCGAAUCUAAGACACUAAAAUGAGUGUCAUGUGACUCAAGUCCGCCCCUCCACAAGGCAUUAUGGGUCAUUUGUGGUUUUUACAAACUUUAUUCUUUUUCUGAUUCAAUCUUCAAACUAUUUUAACUUUAGUCCUGAAAUAGAAUUUCCAUUUUUCCUCAGAAUUUAUAAAUGUAUUCUAAAACAUAAAAACCAAAAAGGAAAAACAAUUUUUCCCCUAGUGGCCCGACCGCUCGGCUGCAGACGGAGCGGUAACAGCAGAGGCGGGCUGGUUAAGACGGUAUUAUUUAGUUUAUAUAUAGUUUGUGAUCAACGGCAAGUCAAGUGGUCCAAAAACAUUCCGAGCGUAAACAUCUGCACGACUGCUGCAAAUUUCUGAUUCAGCAUUAAAACAUCUAAGUGUGAAUGUGAUGCUAAGGGUUCAGAUCAGCCAGUAUCUUACCUGCAGCAGACUGAAGCCGUGGAGUUAUUUUAUUCUCACGCUGAAAUGCUAAUUAUUAAAAUGCCUAAUUAAUUAAACGUCCUGUAGACCAAUAUUUAUUUUAAAAUAAGUUUUUAUUAAACUACCAAACAGCAUGAGGCGGUACCGGUGCGUAGCGUGGUGACCGGAUCCUGCACUCACACCUGAAGUAAACAGGUGAAUUUAUGCUUCCUUCACUUUAGUAUCAGAGAGUUUUGCUGACUGGGAAUAAGCAGCCAUCCAUUUUCCAACAUGGCCGAUCGGCGUUGGCAACAUCAGGUGUUGAUGUUUUCUGUUUUUAUUACGGAUUUUUGUAUCUGUAAUUGUGAAACGAUUUCUGUGCACAGCACUAACAUGCUGAAGUACCCCCGGUUGCCACUAGGUGGUGCAAGCGUUAACGAAUGAUCAAAAUGCAAAGAAAGAACUUUUGCUUCGGUUUGAGAUUCUCACCUAUGGUCACGAGCUUUGGGUAGUGACUGAAAUAACGAUAUCACGGAUACAAGAGGCUGAAAUGAGUUUUCUCCGCAGGAUGUCUGGGCUCUCCCUUAGAGAUAGAAGCUCGGUCACCCAGGAGGGGCUCACAGUAGACCUGCUGCUCCUCCACAUUGAGAGGAGCCAGUUGAGGUGGCUCGGGCAUGUGGUCAGGAUGCCUCCUGGACGUCUCCCUGGUGAGGUUUUCCGGGCACGUCCAACCAGGAGGAGGUCUAAUGUCCUCCAGGACACGCUGGAGGGACUAUGUCUCUCACCUGGCCAGGGAACACCUUGGGAUUCUCCUGGAGGAGCUGGCCCAAGUGGCUUGGGAGAGGGAAGUCUGGGCCUCCCUGCUUAGGCUGCUGCCCCCGUGACCCGACUCUGGAUAAGCGGCCAAAAAUGGAUGGAUGGAUAUUUUAGAAAAUUCUCACUUUAAUCCCCAGAGCGGGGUGGGCGGGGCUUAUUAGUUUGACUUAUUCCUCCUGACUCUGACGGUAUUCUGCUGCAGGUCCGACUGGCACUGAUCAGAACCGCUCCACUAGAACCCACUGAGGAACAGUUGUCUCUUAUUUGGAGGUUACUUAAACCUCCGACAGCAGAGCAUCACUGACUCUUAUUUCUAGCUAAACUUAUCUUCUGAGGAGUUUAAUGUAUUUUAAAUUAAUGUUUAUACGCCUGAAGACACUGAAUCACCUCAUGAGUGCGUAAAUAAGCCGAUGUAGCAAAUCACUGCAGAUGUAUUUGAUUUAUUUCCUGUCGGUCCGACUCGCCUCAGCAGGGUCAGGGUUGGGAAGGUGGUGUCGCUCACAGUGUGAACACUCGUUCCUAGUGCUGCUAAAACAUCCUCUGUCUCCUCCCAACACCAGAGGAGCAUCCUUCUAACUAGCUAUUAGUGUCAGAGGGGAGAUGAGUGAUUUCACACCUCGCUGCUGCCGCUGCUUUGUCUCCGUUUGCAGAUGUUGUAUUACAGCUGCAGCAGCAGCAACACGUCUCCUUUAGCCACGCCCCCUUCAUCUCUGCUGCUGCACUCGUGUAAAUACUCACAUUGAUGUUAAGGACAGGUUUUACACAGCUGAGAGGACUGAAGAAAACUAAAUGUUAUUUUAUUUUAUGCUUCUUUCAGACUGGAGGUUUUUCACAAUAAGAGCUCUUCAUGUCUGUCUACUUGUGUGAUUUAGCAUGGAGACACACGCAGGAACCCAGAACCAUGUCCUUUAGCUUUUGUUUGGAUCUUUUAGGCAACCUUUAAGGCUGUACACCGUAGACGUAUCAGCACAUCCAGCUUUGGUGUGAGUUAGUGUGAGAACCUGAACAGGUGUGAUGGAUUCUGGGUGAAAUCGACCCUCGGAUGACUGUACAUGCUGGUGUUUGUGAGAAGAGUCUGGUUCAUCUUUUACUUUUUUAUUUUUGUUGUUGUUUGGUGGAAUUAAAGGACGUGACUGACGAGGAGACGAGGCCAUCUGGAUGUGAGUGAAUAAAGGUCAGCAGGCAGAAACAACAGAUUGAAGAUAUUUAUACUGUAAUGAUUUUCAUGAUAUCUUACGGAUCAUUUUAGGAGAAAAACAAUGUUCACUUGUUAAACUUUAGUUGUCUUUCUACAGAAUAGAAAACAUAGAUAAACUGUAAGGAUUUCUAAAUAAAUACAAUGUUUUUAUUGUG